AGAGUGCGCAGUUUAUUUGAUGACAGAAUUAAUGUAAAACAAAAACGUAAUAUGGUUCAAAAAAUAUUGGAAGAAGACAAAGAAGAAGAAAAAGAAGUACAAAAGAAAUUUUACCUUAAAUCAGAAGAAGUUUCUAAUUUUGUAAAUAAUGAGCUCCCAACAUCAUUACUCUCGGCUAAAUCGAUGAUGAUGUUUAAGAGAUUUGGUUUAUCUACUAACUUCUUAAAAAUAGAUCCAUCUGAAUGGAACACACAAAAUGACUACAUCCAAGGUCAACAAAUAAUUAGGUCACUUAAGGUUGUAAAUGGUACAGCUGAACGUGGAGUGAAACUGAUGGAAGAAUUUAAUGAAAAAAUUACAAAAGAUGAAGACCAAAAACAAUUUUUAUUGAAAACUGUGCAAGAUUAUCGUCGUAAAUACCCAGGACAUAGCAGAGAAAAGUUGAAAACGCCAUAUACCUAAUAAUUCAAUAAUUAAUUUAAUCUCCAAAUACUCACCUUAAUAAUAUUUAACUAUUAUACAAUAAAUAUUUAAGUAUAAAAUAAUUUGUUUGACUUAUCAAACUUUAUUAUAAAGUAAUCUUUUUCUUAUGAAUAAAAUAAUUAUGUUGUAU